UGUAGUGACAUAACAUCUUAUCAAUACAAUUAACUGUCAGUUAAUAUCUACAGAGAUAUAAGAAUGUAAUUUAACGCAGUGAAUGCAUGUAAUUAUCAAUCAGCGGACAGAAUGCGUUUGUCAGCUCUCGGCUUCGUCGUUUCCUAUGUCGUUUGCUACCAGGCUGCACUAACAAUUGGCUGCAAAGCAUGGUGCACCGGCGGCAACUGUACUGCAGGGAGAUAUUCUGAAACAAGAUGUGAAGCUACGUGCGCAUCGUAUGGUUGUUCGGCAAAAUGUGAAGCACCUUCCUGUUUCACUAUGUGCAAUGGAGCUUCCUGUCUUUCUCAAUGCACCGGCAAGAAGUGCGUGGCGACUUGCGGUGGCGUAGGAUGUACACCUAAGUGCGAAGGCGACGGCUGUGAGAUGAAAACUGUAAUUUGAUGUAAUAUAUAAAGUACUUAAACGA